AGGAUUUGUAUCAUAUUCAAAUCAAAUUCAUGUCACCUUCUUCAAUUUUCUCUGCAAAUACUUCAACAGAAUCUAGUAAAAAUCAAAACCCAAAUUCCAAAAUGGAACAAGCUUUCAAAAGAACCCAAAUUCUCACCAAUCAUCUGCUCCAAUCCGCCCCAUCAUCCCAAACCCUUUCUUCAAACGCUUGUUUAAGCUACUCACCGCCUGAACUUUCCGAGAACUAUGCGUUUGACAUUAAGGAUAUGAGGAAGUUGAUUGACCGGCACAACCUGGAGGAACGGGAUUGGUUGUUCGGGUUGAUGAAACAAAGCAAGUUGUUCAACCCGAAGGUUAGGGGAGGGAAGGUGUUCGUUUCGCCGGACUAUAACCAGUCGAUGGAGCAGCAACGGGAGAUGACGUUGAAACGAAUUGAGUAUUUGCUUGAAAAGGGGGCGUUUAAAGGAUGGUUAACGGAGAAGGGGGAAGAUAUUGAGAUGAGGAAAUUUGCUGGCUUUGAGGUUUGCAGUAUCUAUGAUCAUUCCCUCUUCACUAAGCUCGGGGUUCACUUCUUCUUGUGGGGAGGUGCCAUCCAAUUUUUUGGUACAAAACAUCAUCAUGACAAGUGGCUGAGGGACACCGAGAAUUACUCGAUCAAGGGUUGCUUUGCAAUGACAGAGUUGGGGCAUGGAAGUAAUGUUCGUGGUCUUGAAACAGUAACGACUUAUGAUUCGAAUACAGGGGAGUUUGUCAUUAAUACGCCUUGCGAAUCGGCUCAGAAGUAUUGGAUUGGUGGGGCAGCCAAUCAUGCGACGCAUACGGUUGUGUUUUCACAGCUACAUAUCAAUGGAACAAAUCAAGGGGUUCAUGCGUUUAUAGUCCAAAUCAGGGAUGCUGAUGGUAACAUAUGUCCAAACAUUCGUAUUGUUGAUUGUGGUCACAAAAUUGGUUUAAAUGGUGUUGAUAAUGGUCGAAUCUGGUUUGACAAUGUUCGAGUUCCCAGAGAGAACCUGUUGAAUUCGGUUGCUGAUGUUUCACCUGAUGGGAAAUAUCUAAGUUCAAUAGAAAACCCGGAUCAGAGAUUUGCUGCAUUCAUGGCCCCUUUGACUGUAGGUCGUGUUAAUAUUGCUAUUUCUUCGGUUUAUCAAUCAAAGGUUGCUUUAGCAACUUCCAUUAGGUAUGCACUAACAAGGCGGGCAUUUUCUCUCAAACAAAACGAACCUGAGGUCUUAUUGCUAGAUUACCCAAGUCAUCAACGCCGACUCUUCCCUCUUGUUGCAAAGACCUAUGCUAUGAGUUUCGCAGCAAACUACUUGAAAAUGCUGUAUGUGAAGAGGACACCUCAGUCAAACAAAACCAUACAUAUAGUUUCAAGUUCAUUCAAAGCUACUUUUACUUGGAAUAACAUGCAAAUACUUCAGGAAUGUCGUGAAGCUUGCGGAGGACAAGGAUUAAAGACCGAGAAUCGUGUUGGUCAGCUGAAAGGUGAAUAUGAUGUGCAAUCCACUUUUGAGGGUGACAAUCUUAUUCUGAUGCAGCAGGUCAGCAAGGCUCUUUUUGCUGAAUACAUGGCAGCUCAGAAAAGAAACAAGGUUUUCAAGGGUCUGGGCUUAGAACACAUGAAUAAACCUUGCCCUGUUAUUCCAUUACAGCUUACUAGCACUACCCUCCGGUGCAGUCAAUUCCAGAUGGAUGCCUUGUGCUUAAGGGAAAGGGAUCUUUUGAAUCGUUUUGUUGCGGAUGUCUCAAAAUGUAAAGCCAAGGGAGAAAGUAACGAGCAGGCCUUCAUGAUGUGUUAUGAGCUGGCACAGGAUUUAGGAAAGGCUUUCUCAGAUCGAGCAAUAUUUCAAACGUUUGUCGAUGCAGAAACAACUCUACCUGCUGGUUCAUUGAAGGAUGUCUUGGGUACAUUGAGAUCAUUAUAUGCCUUGAUAUGUAUCGAAGAUGUUUCGUUUCUGCAAUAUGGGUACCUUUCAGUGGACAAUGGUGCCAAUGUGAGGAGAGAAAUAACAAAACUCUGCACUGAACUUCGACCUCAUGCACUUGCUUUAGUCAGUUCCUUCGGCAUCCCCGAUGCCUUUCUCGGCCCCAUAGCUUUUAAUUGGAUUGAAGCAAACGCUUGGUCUUCGGUUUAAGCACUGGUAUGGAUCUUAUACAAUCAAUUUGAGUUACUGUUUAUAUUUGAAGCAUUAACGAUGAUGUAUAAUUCCGUGAAUCGGAGGAUGACUUUAAAUAAUGUACCAUCAUCUGGUUCUUUAGUUUUUGUGGUACACUGUCAAUAAUUCAAAUAUACCUUCUUCUUUUUUGCGGAUAAA